AAAACAAUGCGCAGUCAAAAAUGAAUGAUCUUAUGAACGUAUUUGUUUUCCCAUUUAGUCCCUACUCCCUGAUUUUAUUCCCUCAAGCUUGGUUAAAACAGUAGCGGUGACUUGGUGUUGUAACUUGUGAGUUGAGCUGCUGUCUCAUUACAGACCAUCUCUUUCUUCUUCCCCACCCUAUUCCCUCUCUCUUUUAUUUCUCGUUGCCUCGUUCUUUACUCUUUCUAGGAACACUUUUGGUUGGACUCCUAUUAAUUUAAAAUGGGCUCAGAAGGAUCAUCUAGGGUUGUGAUCCCUAGGAGUUUCAGAUUAUUGGAAGAGCUUGAAAGAGGAGAAAAGGGAAUUGGGGAUGGAACUGUCAGCUAUGGGAUGGAUGACGCAGAUGAUGUAUACAUGCAAUCAUGGACAGGAACUAUAAUUGGUCCUCCUAAUACUGUACAUGAAGGGCGCAUCUACCAGUUAAAACUUUUCUGCGGAAAGGUGUAUCCAGAUCACCCACCUAGUGUAAGGUUCCAAACAAGGAUAAACAUGAGUUGUGUAAACCAAGAAACUGGUGUGGUUGAGCCAAGUCUCUUCCCCAUUCUAGCAGAUUGGAAGCACGAAUACACAAUGGAAGAUAUAUUAAUGCAGUUGAAAAAGGAAAUGAUGUCUCCCCAAAAUCGAAAACUAGUUCAGCCUGCUGAAGGCAAUGAAGAGAAUCGGGUGGAUCAAAAAGGCUUGGUUCUGAAAUGUUGUAUUUUGUAACUGGAGAAGAACAUUGUUUAUGAAAAUGUAUAUAACCUUAUUGCUCAGAUAGUAGCAACUGUUGUCUUAAUAUCUGUAUAUGUAAAUGUGUACGAUUUUAUUUGAGAAAGAUGCCUGCUUAUUCCUUCCUCAACUAUGGGUAUGGGAGGGAUAGCUUGUUAAUUUUCAAACUCUACUGGAUAAUUCUAACU